UACGUCGACAGGAGAGCCACAGAGCUGAAAACCGAUUGCUCGAGCUUCGCAGAGAGGGAUGUAGCUGGGCAGGAAGCGCACAGUACAGGACACUCACUAGACAUACUUCGUAGCUGUCAGAAUAUAGCUCAGUGUGUCAGUCACAUCAGAAAUAUUACUUCACGUCAUGGGAGAGAUCAUAUUUGAUCAUAUAAUCACACAGCCUGGAUGUUUUGUGUAACGGACACAAGAAGACGUGCCUGUAAAAGGAAUUAUUUAUGGUUUGGGAAGGUUUUAUGGGAGUAACUAGCUAGCAACUUUGCUGGCUCGUCGGAGGACAUUUUGCAAGGAUGCUACGGUGGAUAAGGCAACAGCUGGGCUUUGACCCUCCCCAUCAAAGUGACACCAGAACGGUUUACAUCGCAAACCGCUUCCCUCAACAUGGCCAUUAUGUCCCUCAGCGGUUUGCAGACAACAGAAUCAUAUCAUCCAAGUACACCGUUUGGAAUUUUGUUCCCAAAAACCUGUUUGAACAGUUUAGAAGAAUAGCCAAUUUUUAUUUUCUCAUCAUAUUCCUGGUUCAGCUAAUGAUAGACACCCCCACUUCCCCUGUUACCAGCGGACUUCCUCUGUUCUUUGUCAUCACAGUAACUGCCAUCAAACAGGGCUAUGAGGACUGGCUGAGGCACAAGGCGGACAACGAGGUGAACGGGGCACCUGUGUUUGUGGUGCGCAGUGGCAGCCUCGUGCAGACCCGCUCAAAGAACAUCCGAGUGGGGGACAUAGUCCGGGUGGCCAAAGAUGAGACGUUCCCAGUGGACCUGGUCCUCUUAUCAUCAGACCGAGCUGAGGGGACAUGUCACAUCACCACCACCAGCCUGGACGGAGAGACUAAUCUAAAGACUCACUACUCUGUGCCGGAGACGUUGGUGUCUCAGUCGGUGUCCAGGCUGGAGGCCCUACAUGCUGUGCUGGAGUGUCAGCAGCCAGAUGCUGAUCUGUACAGGUUUGUCGGGCGAAUAACAGUAACACAACAAGGAGAAGAGAUUGUAAGACCCCUUGGACCAGAAAACCUACUGCUUCGGGGAGCAAGACUAAAAAAUACCAAAGAAAUUUUUGGUGUGGCAGUUUACACUGGGAUGGAGUCCAAGAUGGCCCUGAACUACAAGUGCAAAUCCCAGAAGCGCUCUGCAGUGGAGAAGUCCAUGAACACCUUUCUGCUCAUAUACCUGGGCAUCCUGCUGUUUGAGGCGAUCCUCAGCACCAUCCUGAAGUACGCCUGGCAGGCUGAGAACAAAUGGGACGAGCCCUUCUACAACCAGAAGACUGAGCAGGAGAGGAACAGCAGCCAGAUCCUGAAGUUCAUCUCUGAUUUCCUGGCAUUUCUGGUCCUCUACAACUUCAUCAUCCCCAUCUCGCUCUACGUCACUGUGGAGAUGCAGAAGUUCUUGGGCUCGUUUUUCAUUGGCUGGGACUUGGACCUCUAUCACGAGGAGAGUGACCAGAUGGCUCAGGUCAACACAUCCGAUCUGAACGAGGAGCUGGGACAGGUAGAAUACGUAUUUACGGAUAAAACCGGCACCCUGACGGAGAACGAGAUGCUGUUCCGUGAAUGUUCAAUCAACGGUAUCAAAUAUCAGGAAAUCAAUGGAAAGCUUGUACCUGAGGGAAUGACGGAUGACUCGCCUGACCGAUCUGUGUCUCCUCUGAGUCGGGAGGAGUUGCUGUUCCUAAAGGCAGUGUCGCUGUGUCACACAGUGCAGAUCAGCUACGAGCAGCCAGGCGACGGCCUGGGGGAUCCCUUCUCCCACGCUAAUGGCUUCUCCUCCCAGAUGGAGUACUAUGCCUCCUCGCCGGACGAGAAAGCACUGGUGGAAGCCACGAAAAGGAUGGGGGUAACCUUCAUUGGUAGCCACGGAGAAACUAUGGAAAUAAAAACAUUUGGAAAGCCAGAAAAGUUUAAACUACUCCAUGUACUAGAAUUUGAUGCAAACAGAAGGAGAAUGAGUGUCAUAUUACAGACACCCACAGGGGAAAAAGUACUAUUUACAAAGGGAGCGGAGUCGGCUAUUCUUCCUUUUACUACAAGUGGAGAAAUCAACAAAACAAGAGUACAUGUAGAUGAAUUUGCCUUGAAGGGCCUGCGGACGUUGGUGGUGGCCUGCAGACACUUCAGUGUGGAGGAGUAUGAGGAGGUGGACCAGCGGCUCCACAAGGCCCGCACGGCCCUGCAGCAGAGAGAGGAGAGGCUGGCCGAAGUCUUUAGCUUCAUAGAGAAGGACCUGGAGCUGCUGGGAGCCACUGGGGUGGAAGACAAGCUGCAGGAGAAGGUCCAGGAGACCAUUGAGGCGCUGCGCCUGGCUGGGAUCAAGGUGUGGGUGCUGACAGGGGACAAGCACGAGACAGCGGUCAGUGUCAGCCUCUCCUGCGGCCACUUCCACCGCACCAUGAACAUCCUGGAGUUGGUGCAGCAGAAGUCUGACAACGAGUGUGCCGAGCAGCUCCGACAACUGGCAAGGAGGAUCAAAGAGGACCAUGUGAUCCAACAUGGCCUGGUGGUGGACGGGGCCAGCCUGUCUCUGGCACUGCGGGGGCAUGAGAAGCUCUUCAUGGAGGUGUGCAAGAACUGCUCUGCCGUGCUGUGCUGCCGGAUGGCGCCCCUGCAGAAGGCCAAGGUGGUGAGAUUGCUGAAAACAUCUCCAGAGAAACCCAUCACUUUAGCCAUUGGGGAUGGAGCCAAUGAUGUCAGCAUGAUUCAAGAAGCCCAUGUUGGCAUAGGAAUCAUGGGCAAGGAGGGAAGACAAGCAGUACAAAACAGUGACUAUGCAAUAGCGAGGUUUAAAUUCCUUUCCAAAUUGCUGCUUGUCCAUGGCCACUUCUACUACAUUAGAAUAGCAACCCUUGUACAGUACUUUUUUUACAAGAAUGUGUGCUUUAUUACACCCCAGUUUUUAUACCAGUUCUUCUGUCUGUUUUCACAACAAACUCUGUAUGACAGCGUCUACCUGACACUCUACAACAUCUGUUUCACCUCCCUGCCCAUACUGGUGUACAGCCUGUUUGAGCAACUGGUCCAUCCUCAUGUGCUGCAGAGUAAGCCAGUGCUCUACAGAGACAUCAGCAAGAACUCUCUCCUCUCCUUCAAGACCUUUUUGUACUGGACACUGCUGGGCUUCUGCCACGCCUUUGUCUUCUUCUUUGGUUCUUACAUCCUGAUGGGGGAGGACACGUCUCUCAUGGGGAAUGGACAGAUGUUUGGAAACUGGACAUUUGGCACUUUGGUAUUCACAGUAAUGGUCAUCACUGUUACACUGAAGCUGGCCUUGGAGACCCACUUCUGGACGUGGAUGAAUCACUUUGUUACCUGGGGCUCCAUCGCUUUCUACUUCAUCUUCUCCCUUUUUUAUGGGGGAAUCAUCUGGCCUUUCCUCCACACCCAGGACAUGUACUUUGUCUUCGUCCAGUUGCUGUCCAGCGGCUCUGCCUGGUUCGCAAUCAUCAUCAUCAUCAUCACCUGCCUUUUCCCUGACAUCAUCAAGAAGGUGUUCUACAGGCACCUCCAGCCCACCAGCACCCAGAAGUCUCAGCUUAUUGAGACCAACUACCAGGGCAUCGGCUGCGUGGACUCCAUGUGCUGCUACUCGGAGGGGGAGAACGGGUGCACCCGGCUGGGCCGGAUGGUGGAGCAAGUAAUGGGCCGCUGCGACCCUGCCUACGCUAACAGAUCGAGGAGCAACUCGGACCCCUUCUAUUCCAACGACCGGAGCAUCUUGACGCUCUCCCCCAUGGAGGCCACUCAUUGCUAAGGUAGCAGAGAGCAGUUGUCCCGCCAGGUGCCCCGUCCCGUCCUGCCCCAUGGCCAAACAGAGGGACUACUCACUGCACGGCCCAGGACUGACCACCUCAGUGGACAGUCAGACUGUAUCUCAAGAGAAGAACAUUGAAAGCCAUGAGGCUCUGCACCACCACUUUCAGAGAUGCUGCAUUUGCCUCUGUUCUGUUCCUGUAAAUAAUAAAAGGGAAUCAGACCAAAGAAGGAUUUGUCAGACUUAAGUGAAAAAAAAAAACAUGGUCUACUACUUUGCGCCUGUAGGUUAGUGCUGCUCCUGCUUCACCACCUGACUAUCUGAAAGGUCUGCCGCCUUUCCUGAGGAAAUUAGGUGGACCUUUUUAAAGCCAUACCUUCCAUUUUUACUACCUGUUUUUCAAGGUAUGAAAAUGUGAAAGCAGUUUGGUCAGGUCUCUGGUAUUUAAAAAAAAAAAAAAAAAAAAAAAAAAAAAAAAAAAAAAAAAAAAUCCCUGAAAUGCCUUUUCUGCUCAGAUUUGUUAGCGUUGUGUUUGUUCCGAAAUGUCGACAGGAGAAUGUCCCUAUAAUAGCUUCGUAUGAGAGAUGUUGUUCCACCAAUACAGUGCCUUUUGAGAAGUAACUUGGUCCCCCCAAAAAUUGUCACCUAAUUUUAACAUUUUGUCAUAAAAAGCACAUGUUCAACUUAUUAAAAUAAAACUUUUUCCCAUCAAGAGGUUAAAUGAAGAAAUUACUAUAGUAAGUGCCAAAUAAAGUAUUGGGGGGAGGGCAAUUGAAUGCAGGCUUCACACACGCACAUACAGUUGGGUCAAAAAAGUAUUUAGUCAGCCUCCAAUUGUUCUCCCACCAAGUUCUCCCACUUAAAAAGAUGAGGCCUGUAAUUUUCAUCAUAGGUAAACUUCAACUAUGACAGACAAAAUGAGAAUUUUUUUCCCAGAAAAUCACAUUGUAGGAUUUUUUAUGAAUUUAUUUGCAAAUGAUGGUGGAAAAUAAGUAUUUGGUCAAUAACAAAAAUUUCCACCAUAAUUUGCAAAUAAAUUCAUAAAAAAUCCUACAAUGUGAUUUUCUGGAGAGAAAAAAAAACAUUUUGUCUGUCAUAGUUGACAUUUACCUAUGAUGACAAUUACAGGCCUCAUCUUUUUAAGUGGGAGAACGUGCACAAUUGGUGGCUGACUAAAUACUUUUUUGCCCCACUGUAUAUACAUAAAAACAUUUCUAGCCUCUACAGAUAACAGGGUUGAUGUGUUCUUCUCAACACUCAGUUUUCACCACAAAACACCAGAUAAUGGCCCCCAAAAAUAAAGGAACAGUUUCACCAUAUUAAAGGGAAAAUCCACUCAAACUUUAUUUUUUAUUUGAAUGAAUCACUGAUAACGUAAAAUUAUUUUCAGAAAUGCAAAGCAACGAAAUAAGUGGGGCUUUACAAUGAAGGUAAAACUUGGAGAAAUAUUCAGGUUAAGUGGGUUAAAAUCAUCUUAGAGGGUGCAGAGGGACAUGUCAUUUUGGUCUUUAAGUCUUUAUUAAAAUCUGAUUUUAUUGAGUUUUCCAUGUGGUCUAUAUUAAAGGGCACUUCAUUUAAUAUUACAGGCUUUAGAAUUUAAUAUUGGUGCACAAUUUCUACUUAGAAUAUCAAAGGGUCACAAAAGGUACUCUUUUCGUGGAACAACUCAGAUAUGAAAUAAUAGCUGCCAAGAUGACAAAAUAGCUUUCACAUCUAGUUGUUUUCAAAGCCACAUUGUUUUUGUUUGCCAUUCACUAAUCAUUGCCUAUCAUUUGAAACAUUUUUUUGUUUUGUUAAUUUGUUAGUAUUUUCCCCCCCUCUUACUAACCACUUGUUAAUGUUUGUAUUUAUUUCCAUCAUAUUACUGGUAAUAGGGCAGGCGAGAGAACCUCACGGACUGAAUGCAACUGCUUUUGCUCUCUGUAUUCUCUUUCGCUUUUGGGGCCUUUAAGCCCACAAUAAUGGAAAUGUCUGGAAAUAAACGGAAAUGUCAAGAGGGUCAUUGAGACAACCAUUUUAAACUUGCUAACAAUGAGUGACUUUAUGCACAUCAGCAUACAUAUUUAUUCGAAUAUUGCCGAGAUACAUAAUCAUGGGAUUUUAUAUGGUUACUAUUUUUAGCCGUUACAUACCUCUCAGUAGCUUGAAAUGGGAGACACUUGUCCAAGAAGUCAGUGGAGCUUGAUAUUUAUUUGCAUGGUACCAAUAUUCGUAAUUAUAUCUGGCACUACUAUUGAUCAUGGUCAGCAUUGGUCAUAUCUGAUGGAUUGUACUUGUUUGCUACUCAGUUUUGAUAUAAAUGCAGCAUCUUGUUCAGAUGGUCACAUGUCAAUUCAUGAAGGCAAUAUGGAUACAUCUCUACAAGGACACUGAUGUGAAGUCAGCUGUUUGUUUCUCUUGAUCAUGUUCAUUGAAGAAAAAAGGUGUGUUAUUGUACUCCUGUCAGUGAAAUGGUUGAUGUUUAAAGCAAAUUCUAUUUAUGGAAUAAAUGUUUUUAAAAAGCA